AUGCCGGAGAAGAUAUCACCGAUACGGGAUGACAUCGUCAGUCCUCCCAGCCUCCAAAACGACACUUUCGAUUACGAGAAUGUCAACGAAAAGGCCGUCGUAGGCCAUGAGACAAGCCCGAAAACAAGUCUUCACCGUGGCUUGCAGGCGCGGCAUAUCACCAUGAUCGCGAUUGGUGGCGCGAUCGGUACUGGUUUAAUUAUUGGCACAGGAAAGGCUUUAGCUCAAGCCGGCCCUGGUUCUGUGUUUGUCUCAUACACGAUCGUCGGCUUCAUUGUCUACCUGCUCAUGUCUGCCGUGGGUGAGAUGGCUGCAUGGUUGCCAAUGUCAUCCAGCUUCUCCGGUUAUGCUGCUCGGUUCUGUGAUCCCGCUCUUGGAUUUGCUCUGGGCUGGUGUUAUUGGUUUAAAUAUAUUAUCGUCUGCCCAAACCAGUUGACUGCCGGUGCCCUUGUUCUUCAAUACUGGGUAGAUAGGGACAAGGUCAAUCCUGGUGUUUUCAUCGCUGUUUUUCUGGUCACAAUCACCUUUAUCAACUACUUUGGAAUUCGCUUUUUUGGGGAAAUCGAGUUUUGGCUGUCCUCCCUAAAAGUCUUCACAAUCAUUGGAAUAAUAUUAUUCUCUCUCGUGAUUACUUGCGGCGGGGGUCCUUGUGGCGAGGCAAUUGGAUUUAGAUAUUGGCACAGUCCUGGCGCUUUUAAGGAAUAUAUUGACACCGGAAGUGCUGGCCAGUUUCUGGGAUUCUGGUCCUGCAUGGUUACAGCUGUCUUUGCUUUCCUUGGAACAGAGUUAGUUGGCGUGACUGUUGCCGAGGCUCAGAACCCGCGCAAAACUAUUCCUCGUGCUAUUCGACUCACCUUUUACCGAAUUUUGUUCUUCUACUGUGGAAGCGUUCUCAUGGUGGGAAUGCUCGUCCCAUACAACUCGGAGAAACUCAUCUUUGCUGUAAACAAAGCCUCAACAGGUGCUGCGGCUUCACCAUUCGUUGUUGCUGCUGAGGUUGCAGGUGUCAAGGCUGUCUCUCAGAUCCUGAACGGGUGCAUCCUCAUUUUCGUUUUCUCUGCCGCUAACUCUGAUUUAUACAUUUCGAGUCGUACGCUUUAUGCCCUUGCCUCCAGCGGACUUGCUCCAAAGAUCUUCAAGCGCACUGAUCGACGUGGCGUUCCUGUCUAUGCGCUGGCCCUCUCGGUCGCUUUCUCUCUCCUGGCUUUCAUGAACGUUUCCAAUGAUUCCAAGAAGGUGUUCUCCUACUUCGUCAAUCUCAACACAAUCUUCGGUCUCCUGUCGUGGAUCGCUAUCCUCGUCACCCACAUCCACUGGUGUCGAGCUCGCAAGGCUCAGGGUGUAACCAACGAAAUGCUACCCUAUGCUGCACCACUUGGUGUCUGGGGAUCGUACGGCGCCUUGUUUAUGUGCAUUCUGAUCGCGCUAUGCAAAAACCUUGAGGUCUUCACAAAGGGAAACUGGGACACAGCCUCUUUCGUUACUGGGUACUUGGGCAUCCCCAUCUUCUUAGUUCUUAUCUUUGGCUACAAGAUCGUCUACAAGACGAAGGGUUAUAAGCCCGAGGAAGUUGAUUUAUUUUCUGGGAAGGAUUUAAUUGAUCGAGAGGAGGAAGAGUUUCUUGCACGCCAGGCCGCUUCUCAGGCCGCUCAAGCCAACGAAGUUAAGAGUAAGGGACGUUGGUUCUAUCGCCACUUCAUUGCCUGGCUCCUGUAA